CUUGUUGACGUCAUCAGAGUGCGCCGCUACGUGAAAGGAGUGGAAUCGGUGGCAGAUGCCUCUUCGUAACAACAGACUACUGUCGUCUGGUUACGACCCGAAUUUCGUCUGAUACUGCGGAACAGCGGCUGCUGGGAUGCCAAAGAAGUUCCAGGGUGAGAACUCCAAGGCGGCCACGGCCAGAGCUCGCAAGGCGGAGGCCAAGGCAGUAGCGGACGCUCGUAAGAAGCAGGAGGAGGACGAUGCCUUGUGGCAGGAAACUGACAAACACGUACUCAAAAAAGAGCAGAGAAAGGACGACAAGGAGAAGAGGAGGGCGGAGAUGUUGGAAAGGAAAAAGGAGACCCAGCGGCUCCUGGACGAGGAGAACGCCAAACUGAAAGGCAAGACCCAGAAAGAUGGCGGUGGAAGCGGUGGCAAAGUGACCCGGGCCCAGAUCGAGGAGGCCAUCCAGAUGGUGCAGCAGCCUCAGGAGCUCAAGCCAAAACAGAAGAGCCACCUGGAGACGCCACUGGAGGAAAACGUCAACAGGAUUCUCAUUGAGGACGGAACGGUGGAAGCAAGAACAAUAGAAGAUGCCAUUGCUGUGCUCAGCGUGGUGCCCGAGGACCUGGAUCGCCAUCCCGAGCGCAGGCUGAAAGCCGCUUUUGCCUCCUUCGAGGAAGCCAACAUGCCCCGCUUAAAGAUGGAGAACCCCAACAUGAGAUUGUCUCAGCUGAAGCAGCAGCUGAAGAAGGAGUGGACAAAGUCCCCCGAGAACCCCCUCAAUCAAAAGUUUGCCGUGUACAACGCCAAGUGAAGGCACCAUCUCUCCCCCACUUCAUAUUAAUUAAUACUUAUAAACAAAGUACAUCGGAUACUUCAUUCAUACAAAAUAAUCAUAAUAUAAUAUCUCGGCUUCCUCACAGGGCGUCUUAAUAAAUAUAACGACAUCAUUACAUCAUUUUCAGAUGUUUCCAUACUAAUUUAUUAAAGUUAAAGUUAUCCGGUGACAAAUAUGUCCCAUAAGUUCUUUAUUCAGUUCUUCGUUUUUUUUUAGAGGUGAGGUCAUAUGGUGCUUUGUUCCCGAGAGGCUGAAUGUAAGCGUCCUCUUAUCUCCUCCACCAGAUUGUGGGGCCGUUUAGUUUGCUGUGAUUUUUAUUCCUACCCCCCCCCCCCUCAAUUAGGAGACAAGGGGACGGGGGGGCAUCUGAGGUGAAGCCAUUCAAAGUGUGGACAAGGUGGCUCUCAUUAAAAUGCAAAAUGUAAUAACUCAGUUGGAUGUGACAUGGUCUAUUUUGCCGGAAAAUAAAUUAUAUUUUCAUG